GCGGCGUCUGCGGGACGGGAGCGGAGGAGGCGGUUCUCUUCCCGUUCCCAUCCCCAAUCCCGCCGGGCGAGUGCGGGGCUGGGGACGGCGGGGUGGCCAUGGCCUCCAUGGCGGCGGCGAUCGCCGCUUCCCGCACGGCGGUGAUGAACGGGAACCGGCCGCUGGACGAGCGGGAGCGCAAGCGGUUCAGCUACUUCUCCUCGCUGAGCCCCAUGGCGCGCAAGAUCAUGGCGGAGAAGGAGCGGAUCCGCGAGCGCUACGGGCCCGAGUGGGAGCGGCUGCCGCCCCGCCAGCAGGACGAGAUCAUCGACAAGUGCCUGGUGGAGCCGCACGUCCAGGCCCGCUACGCCGCGCACCGCGGCACCGCCCGCCCGCCCGCGCCGCCCGCCUCCUACCCCAGCCUGCGCCUCAACACCGGGCAGAAGGUGGUGCGCUUCGGAGACGAGGAUAUAACUUGGCAAGAUGAACACUCAGCUCCAUUCUCCUGGGAAACAAAGAGUCAGAUGGAGUUCAGUGUUGCAUCUCUCUCCAUACAAGAGCAAGGUGGUGCCCAGCUGCAGAAUGAGCAGAGGCAGCCUGUUAAAGCAGCACCUGGUGUCCAAGUCCCUAAAUCUUCUCAGGCCAAUAAGACCCCUGGUUCUGAGGGGUUGAUAGCAUCCCGAAAGGAAGAGGAAUCAUCCUUCUGGAAGAUAAACGCAGAGCGCUCAAAGUUUGAAGGAGACAAGUCUGAGUUUCAGUCCCUGACCCCCAGCCAGAUCAAGUCCAUGGAGAAAGGAGAGAAGCCCCUUCCCUCUUUUUACAGACAAGAGUCUGCUCCAAAGGAGAUGACCAAAGCUGAGAAGCCCAGCAUAACUAAACCAGAGAAGUCUGUUGCCCCCAGCACACCUUCUGUGUCUCUCGAGUGGGAGAAACCUCGACCUACUCAACUCCCUACUAGUUCUCUAGAUGACUUCUUUCUUCCUGAUCCACCACAGGAUCUGGCAUCUUCUAGGACAAACAAGGAAGAUAUUGAUGGUACUAUACUUACAGACCCACAAAUGCCUGGACAGACUAGUACAAGCAAUGUAAUCUUGAAGACUGGCUUUGAUUUUCUAGACAACUGGUAAAAGAUACUUCAAAACAGAUCAAACCAACUUUGGGGAAGGAGUGGAACACCCUUCUCCUUGUAUGUUAAUUUACUAGCAUUUGUGUCUUUUUCUAGAAGUAACUUUCAAACUCUUAAAUGUUGCCUUUGUAUAAACUUUUGUAAUACCGUAUAUGUUUUUGUUUUUUAAACAGUGAUAGAAGUGUGGUUUCAUUUGGAUAUUUUUUAAUAUCUGUUAAAAUUUUUAGUAGCUACUGUAUUGAAAGGAUGGGAAAAGUUACUGUAUACAUGUUAAAGAAACACAAAUGAGUCUCUGUAUCCUAGAGAUGGAACGUACAGGACCAGCUUGCAAUUUUCAGUGGAAACGUUGCUAGCGUGGCUUGUAAGAAAUAGUGUUGCAUCUGCAGUGGUUCCAACCAUACUUCAGACAGCUAGCAAAAAAACAGUAUGAAAGGCAAGCACCCAGAAUUGCAUUGAUUUGUAGAUUUCGUUUCCUUUGAAAGUAUCUUUUGUACCACUUACUGAAGACAUUUUUUCUUCUGAAGAAGGCAAAGGCAUUGCCAAAAUGAUGGAUCCAAAAAAGCACUGUGUUUGUACCUACAAAUCUGCUAAAAUAACUUAAGAGUGUUAAAAAAAUUACCUGGGGAAAUGGUGUUUCUGGUGUUUGGAUUGAAGACUGGGAAGUGGGUAGAAAGGAGUGGGACAACACCUAACGAAUUGGAGAAAUUCUUCAGGGAACACAAUUUCACUGCCUCCUUACUAGAGCAUAGCUCUUCAUAAAACUAGUGCUGGAACUACAGCACUGAGGAUUUCUGGAGUGUAGAUUACCUUUGUGUCGGUAAACCACUAUGUUUAUGGGAGGUCAUAGCAGUGUGAGGCUUUUUUGUUUUUUAAGCAGCUUAUCGUCUCAAGGACUCAUCAACUUUGGUGCUUUUUCCUCCUUGUGGGUUCAUCCUCUUUAGUGUUCAACAUCUGGAUUACAUUUAUUCCUAAGGUGCAGAGAGGCAUCUCAAGGUGGCCCUUGGCAGUGUUGCCUCCAGUUCUGCUUUUGAAUGAUCUUUGGUGUUUAAAAUGUAGAGAGCAAGAGUAGCUGUCCUUUGGAUCUGUUGUCUCUGAAAUGCAGCAUGAUUUACACACUGAUUCUCACUGUGUUUACCUCACCUUGAAGCCUUAAUUCCCCUACGCACAGCCAGUGACUGGUCUGCUCCAAUGCCAAAGGUUUGACUUUUCCCUUUACCUCAGCAAUAGUCCCAUAGCAUUUGUUUGGGGUAGAAGGCAAAACACAGGGCUCUAAUGGGUCCCAGCCAAGGCUGUAAGAAGGUCACCAUCUCCUAAGCCAUAGCUGUGCUAGGCUUCUCAUGGAUUAGCACUUGACAUUUGGUUCAGUGCCAGGGGCAGUUAAAUGUGCAGAAUUGGAUGCAGUAGGAUUUUUUCUGCUUGUUAUGGGAAGGGUUUGCAAUGCCCUGGAAGAAUCCUUGCCUCUAAUUGGUGUGCUGCUUGCUCUGAACAAGCAGUGUGCUGAUAGAGCAUUAAAAUUUACUUGUUGGACAAGGAAAAUGCUGUAAGCAUAUCCCCUCUUUUCUUGCCCCCACACCCCAUAAAAAAAAAAAAACAACUAAAAAAACCAAAACACCAAGGCCAAAACCUCCAGUUUUUAUAGUGUUUUCUUAAAAGGUUCCUUAGCUAAAUGGUAAGAUCACCACAGAGUAGAAGCCAUUGUAUAGCAUAUUCUUAUUUAUAGGCUUCUGAAAGCUUUCUAACAUUGUUCCUGAGAUGUACAAACUCCUUGUCAUGGGUUGGCGCUGGCGCAGUGCUAGUGCGCCUAUGAAAAUAUAUUUUUCUCAAAUGACUCCUGUGAGAUGUGACCAGGAACAGAGCAGAGCAGGCUUAGGCUUAGAAAUAAGGAAAAAAACUUUAUUAAGCUACAUCAUUAAUAAAAGGAACCCACACCAUUCAGAAUGUUUUGGGAAGUUUUCAUUCUUCCUUCUUCUACCUAAUUUCUGCUAAAGCACAGUGAGACAAAACCUUGGAUUCUCAGUUGUUACCUCCCCUCAGGUAAUCAAUUCUCAGUCUAUCAAGGGAGGGAGGAGUUUCUCUUGUACCGUAGUCUUCUCUAGGAAACACAGUUUAUGUUUCCAUGUCACACAUGGCACCACCCGAAGAAAAUCUGUCAUGACAUCUCUUUCUAUGUACAAUGCUCUCACUACCGUCUAUGGACUAAAACUGCUUAUAGGGUUCUUUUUAAGGAUGCUUUGCCAAGUACCAAAAAACAACACUCUCAUUUUUGUGACAACAGUCCCCCCUAUUUUCACCUCCCCCGGGGCCGAGGGUCUUGAGAACAGAGAUCUUCUCUGAGGACAGAGGGCACCACUGCACCCUCCUACAACAGUUUCCCAUUUCGGGACAACAGUCCCCCUCUCCCUGAGGCCGAGGGUCUUGAGAACAGCAGGUCACUCGCUCUCCUGCACGGGCAGUCACUACAGCAGUCACUCUCCUGGCUCAAACCACUGCAUCCCCCAAAAUGCAGUCUCUGUGUUACAGCAAAAUUGGUUCAGUCUAUGGCUAUACAAAAAAAAAAAGUCCAGCUAAAGGCCACUCCAUCAUUUCUUCCCACCUAGAAUUCUUUCCCGUCUUCUUCUGACAACUCAGAAGGCUGUUUCUCUUCUCUCUCAGAUGAAGGAGGAUUAAUGUUUCGCAAAGUUUUUUUUGUGUUAGGGAGGGUUAAAAUCUCGGGCUCUGCUGCCCUCAGGACGGCUGAAAUCUCACAGCGGCCUGCCCGGGACUCCCACGGCCCUGCACCUUCCCCCCUGCUCUUUCUCCUCUGCCUGCGUGCUGCUGGCAUGUGAUAUCAAAUGUCAGGGUGGCACCGGCUCUCUCUCUGUCUGGGGGGGCUGCCUGGGACAUCCCCGUGUUUCUCCACCCUUCUGUCCUGCAGGGGCCGGCCCAGUUCCACUCCCUUCAGCCCCCCUUCUCCGUCCGGGGCUCCUGGCCUCCCUGAGCCUAGGCCGCAUGGCUGGGGCUGGGCCCCUGAGCUCUUCACUGACCGCAACAAAAGCGAGGCUUCCUCUGGGAGUUCUCUGCUUUUAACCCCGUGUUCUCAGAGCUGUAUCCAUGUCUUCAGUGGUUACACCAGGUGUCAAUAUUCAAACCUGACCACUGAUUGGUUUGGCUAUAACUUCCCAAAAAAACUUGCUUCCUUGUCAACCUACGACACUCCUGUAGUUCAUGGAUAUUAUCUCUGCAUUCAGCAGUUCAGAAAAUGUUUGUUGUUACCAUCCUGGACUUUUCUGCUGUUUUUUUUUUUGUAGCAUUUGCUACAAGCAUCCAGAGGUUAAUGCAGCUUAGAACAACUUUAACACAAAUUCUUUAGGUGUAUGAUUGAUAUUGACCUUCCUUCUAAAGCUAACAAAUGUUAAUCUUGGGGUUUACCAUUACCAGUGAAUCUGAUUUUCUGUACAUUCAGCUGCUGAAAAGUAGUAAAUCCAAAAUAAAUAAAGAUGCACAUUCUAAUCUUAUUCUGAUUUGGGGAGAUCUGAAAACAAAGUCUCCUACUGUCAAGGAGUGUUACUUAAAAUCUCUCUGGUAAUACCUUAAAGCUUCUUAGGGAAGAAUCUGGGCUGUCUGUCUUUUCCAUUGGCUAACUUGACCCUAAUACACAUUGGGACCAGCUGGUAGAACAUGCUGCAGAACUUUUUACUUAUCCUGGUAGGUUUUUCCUGUGCUUUGACAAGAGUUGAUGCUCCUUCUUUCUUGAAUAUGUUUUUAUUAAACAUUCUUACAAAAAUGAAAUUGUAUUUGGUCACAUUUUAUAUUAACAAUGUUUUAAUAAAGUCACUUUAAAUAGAA